AUGGUUCACGCAACCAGUUCUGCAACCACCAUUUCUCAGGCUAACAUCAUGGCGGCUAAAAAAGAGACUGAAAAAAAAUCAGUCAGGAACUCCGUUGGCACUUCAGUAGUGCAACAACAGCAGAACACUCAGCAAAUAUCGGCAACACCAGCGUCUGCUCUCCAACCGUCUAGCUUCACCGGUCAGAGCUCCCUUUCCAUUUCGCGGAAUAAACACUGGAAAUACAUUUCUUCGUAUCAUGGUCCUUGGCUUCAGCUUCCCCUCGAGUUGCUUGAUUCGCUAUAUGUCAUUAACACCGAUAACGUUGCUACACCACCGCCUCCCAUCGAUCCUAUUAUUUUCGGAAACUUGAUAUCAAUUCGUCGUCUGGUUGACGAAGCUGCUGAUUUGUCUGUGCGUGCUGCUUCAGGAAUUUCAACUUCUGGUGGAAGUAUGAGAAACACAAUGUCUCAUACGCGGCAGCAUAGAAUGCGUGAACUCGCUGUAAAUAAGUUGGCGCUCGCAUAUCGAAUAGACGAAAUAGCUACUGCAGUCGUGACUAUGCAAUCGGCGAGUGCUAUUGAUGAAGUGGCCAGUAGAGUAUUAAAGAAGAACUCGACGAAUUUGGAGGCUCUCUAUGUAAAUUUUUUUCACGAAAAAAUCCCGUCGAGUAGAAUGCUGUCGCAAUCUACAUCCACUGAAGUAUUAGAUCAGAUUAUUGCGGCGUCUCCGAAUACGCCAGAAUAUUAUCGCACACGUGGUGUUGUCAAAUGCUUUAAAGAGGAAUUCGCUGGUGCACUUCGGGAUUUCAAAACAGCGCUUGCACAUAUUAAGCACAAAAAACGGGUGAAUAGCGUCCUUAUGGGUAAGAAAAUAACAAGCCCAUUGCAUCAUCAUCAUGGCAAGGAUUCGGAUGAGUGUACAGGCACGGAGAGCCAAUUGUAUUUUCUGCGAGCAGCCUGUUAUCUUCAAUACGCAAUCAGUAUGGUAGACAAGGCUAUCCAAAAAGUUGACGGUGCUGAGCGAAAAGAUGCUGAUGGAAAAGGAAUAUAUAACGGGAAAAAAGAUGGGGCUUCGAUUCAAACACAAAUACCAAAAAUUGAACAGUACCGGCAAGAACUUCUGCCGAUAAUGCCUCAAAUGCAGACUAUGGCAAGACGUUCUAUUCGGGAUUAUAAUCAUUUUCUAUCAUUUUACCCAAGUUCAUUACCGCCAUUCACGGUAACUAAUGAUGAGACAUCAUCGUCAAAGGCUAGUAGUCCUACCAUAUCUCGUGAUUCCUCUCCUAAUCGAGGAAUCCAUUUUAGUACACACACCACGAAUGAAAAUGAUAAUGGAGUGAAUGGCUCACAAUUAAUUGAUCCUAGUACCAAAAAUGAAAACGGUUCUUCCGCGGUCAAUGGUGGCUUGGAGCCACCACAUUCUUAUGCCACAUAUCAUCCUCUACUUAUCGAGGCAUGGUAUGCAAUCGCAUUAAAUUACAUCUUACUUGGGGACAUUCAUACCGCUGCUUUAUGGCAUGCUCGGAUCUCUGAGUUACAUGAAUGUAUUGAAGGAUAUCCAGUUUUCCUUCCAGCGAGAUCCAUGGCCCAGGCAGAUUACAUGGAAGUAUUAGAGAGGAUAAAGAAAGCGACCAAUUUAGUUCAGCAUGAAAAUCUAAAAGAAUUAAUUGAUGACCUUGGAACUGUGAAUGGACGAAAUGGAGGUAAUAAUUCUAUUGGUCCAGUUAUCGGCAUAGAUGGACAUAAGCAUCAUCCAUGUUGCCCGCUUGCCCCAGGUAACCAUAAUCUCCCUGUUAACAAAGACGCGCUCGCAAUUUCCACAUCCUCUUCUCCGUCUUCCAAUUCCGUCUCUCCGGCAUCCUCUCUGAAUAUCACUACCACAUCUAAUUCUGGCAUUACAACGAUUGCUACUGCUGCCGCGGCUGGAUCCAAGAAUUAUCCGUUGCACACGGCAAGAUCAGAAUCUUGUCUAAUCUUUUUGAGAGCCAUUGUUUUAAGACAAGAUAAGGAUAUGGCAAUUUCCAAUAUUGGCUCCUCUUCCGGUAAAUUUGGACGUAAAGUAGUCAUUAACUCUAAUUGA